GUCUGCCCCCUUUGUGUGUUGGCGAGCGUGUUAGCUAAGCUCUGCCUGUGAGGCUGGGGUAGAGACCAGGGGACGGCGGAUUUCGGGUCAUUACGACUCGGUUCCGACCAGAAUCUCCGCGAUCGUUCAUUUAACAGGAUUCAAUUGAGUGACCCCGGAUGCCAUAAAAGAGCGCGGCAGUGCGAGAGAGAGAGAGAGAGGGAAGGAGAGAGCACCUUGACCCGGGACUACCACUCCACCCACCCUCGCCCCCCCCCCCCCCCCUUCCUGGACACCCUCGUCCACUCUCCAGCAGAGUCCCACGUCAUUUUCCCUCCUCCCUCGCCGACCGAGGAGCAAGGUUUAGGUGGCUUAAUCCGACCUGCGGGCAAUUCUAGGGAAACCUCGUCAAAAUGUCAGCCAGCGAGGAUGAGAGGGACGACUUCCAGGAUGAGCACGCGCUACUCCCCGAGGACAACGAGCAGGAGGAUGCUCUGUCUGACGUAGAAGAUGCGCCCAAGUCCAAGAAGAAGAAGAAAGCUAAGAAGAGCAGCAGAGAGAGCCGAAGCAGCAAGAGACAGAGACCCAUCAGAGAGGAGCUACCACUGAGCUCACCAGAGAACCUGAUUGGCUUGGAGUCCGCUGAGCGGGACGGCGACGAAGGACCGCCGCAUUCAGAGAGUGAAGGCAGCGAUUAUGCACCGGGAAAGAAAAAGAAGAAACGCUCUGGCUCGACCAAAGAGAAAAAGAAAGGAAGUGCGACUUCAGAAAAAAGCUCCAAGAGCAAGCGUAAAGAUCAGGAACCAGACGACGACGACGACGAUGAGGACGACUGCCAGCCGAAAAGUUCCAGUCAGCUGUUGGAGGCCUGGGGCAUGAAGGACAUCGACCAUGUUUUCACGCAGGAGGACUACAGCUCCCUCACCAACUACAAGUCCUUCAGCCAGUUUGUCAGGCCACUAAUUGCCGCCAAAAACCCCAAAAUUGCGGUGUCGAAGAUGAUGACUUUGAUGAUGGCCAAGUGGCGAGAGUUCAGCACAAAUAAUCCCCUCAAGGGAAGCGCCAGCGCCACCGCCGCCCUGGCAGCUGCCAACGUGGCAGCAGCUGUGGAGAACAUGGUGGUGGCAGGGACAGAAGGAGAAGCUGAUGCCAGCGCUGCCACUUCUUCUGCCCCUGCCCCGGCCGCUGCCACCCCUCCAGCUGCCCCUGCUCCACCGCUGCGCAAGGCCAAGACCAAAGAAGGAAAAGGCCCAAACGCCCGCAGAAGGUCAAAGCCACUCCCCAAACCUCAACCGAAACCCAAAACCAAGAAGGUGGCUCCUCUCAAGAUCAAACUCGGCGGCCUGAACAGCAAGAGGAAGCGCUCCUCUAGUGACGAAGACGAGCCGGACGCAGACAGCGACUUCGACGAUGGAAGUUUCGGCGUCUCCGAAGGCUCCAACCGCAGCAGCCGCAGCAAAAAGAAGUCCAAGAGUGCGAAGAAGAAGAAGAAAGUGGAGACAGAGGAUGGGGAUGGGUAUGAAACCGACCACCAGGACUACUGUGAGGUGUGCCAGCAGGGCGGGGAGAUCAUUCUGUGCGACACCUGCCCUCGAGCCUAUCACAUGGUCUGUUUGGACCCCGACAUGGAGAAGGCCCCGGAGGGCAAGUGGAGCUGCCCUCACUGUGAGAAGGAGGGCAUCCAGUGGGAGGCCAGAGACGAUCUGUCCGAGGCAGACGUGGAGGACGAUGACGACAGGAGGGGCGAGGGCGUGGAGGAGGAGGACGACCAUCACAUCGAGUACUGUCGAGUCUGUAAAGACGGCGGGGAGCUGCUGUGCUGUGACACCUGCCCCUCCUCCUACCACAUUCACUGCCUCAACCCUCCUCUGCCCGAAAUCCCCAACGGAGAGUGGAUCUGCCCCCGAUGCAAGUGUCCACCUAUGAAGGGUAAAGUCCAGAAGGUCAUUACCUGGCGUUGGGGGGAGCCUCCUCCUCCCACGCCUGUCCCCCGACCUGACGACCUGCCAGCUGACGCGCCAGAUCCUCCGCCGCUGGUCGGCCGCAGGGAGAGGGAGUUCUUUGUCAAGUGGUGCAACAUGUCCUACUGGCACUGCUCCUGGGUGCUGGAGCUUCAGCUGGAGCUCAACUGCCAGGUGAUGUUCCGGAACUACCAGAGAAAGACGGACAUGGACGAGCCCCCACCUGUGGAUUUUGGAGGUGAAGGUGAUGACGACAAGAGCACCAAGAGGAAGAAUAAGGACCCUCUCUUCGUUCACAUGGAAGCUGAGUUUUACCGAUUUGGAGUGAAGAUGGAGUGGCUGAUGAUCCAUCGAGUCCUCAACCACAGUGUUGACAAGAAGAACAAUGUCCAUUACCUGAUCAAGUGGCGAGACCUGCCCUACGACCAGUCCACGUGGGAGAGCGAAGACAUGGACAUACCUGAGUUUGACACCUACAAGCAGACCUACUGGAACCACAGAGAGCUGAUGCUCGGAGACGAGGGCCGCCCUGGUAAGAAGCUAAAGAAGACCGUCAAAGUGAAGAAGGCCGAGCGGCCGCCUGCUAACCCUGUUGUAGAUCCAACCAUCAAGUUCGAUCGUCAACCAGAGUACCUGGACAGCACCGGAGGAACCCUGCAUCCCUACCAGCUGGAGGGUCUGAACUGGCUGCGCUUCUCUUGGGCUCAAGCCACAGACACCAUCCUCGCGGAUGAGAUGGGUCUGGGCAAGACUGUCCAGACGGCCGUCUUCCUCUACUCACUGUACAAAGAGGGUCACUCCAAAGGCCCCUUCCUGGUGAGCGCCCCCUUGUCCACCAUCAUCAACUGGGAGAGAGAGUUUGAGAUGUGGGCGCCCGACAUGUACGUGGUGACGUACGUAGGCGACAAAGAUAGCCGCGCCGUCAUCAGGGAGAACGAGUUCUCCUUCGAAGGAAACGCCAUCCGAGGAGGAAAGAAGGCCUCAAAGAUGAAGAAAGACUCCACGGUCAAAUUCCACGUCCUGCUGACCUCAUACGAGUUGAUCACCAUCGACCAGGCCAUACUGGGGUCCAUCGAAUGGGCCUGUCUGGUGGUGGACGAAGCUCACAGGCUCAAGAACAAUCAGUCGAAGUUCUUCAGAGUGUUGAACAACUAUCCUCUCCAACACAAGCUUCUGCUCACUGGGACUCCUCUUCAGAACAACCUGGAGGAACUUUUCCACUUGCUCAACUUCCUGACGCCCGAAAGAUUCAAUAACCUGGAAGGCUUCCUGGAGGAGUUCGCAGACAUCGCCAAAGAGGACCAGAUCAAGAAGCUCCACGACAUGCUGGGUCCUCACAUGCUACGGAGGCUGAAGGCCGACGUCUUCAAACACAUGCCGUCCAAGACCGAGCUCAUCGUGCGGGUGGAGCUCAGUCCCAUGCAGAAAAAAUACUACAAGUUCAUUCUGACACGUAACUUCGAGGCCCUAAACACUCGGGGUGGAGGAAACCAAGUGUCUCUGCUCAACGUAGUGAUGGAUCUCAAAAAGUGCUGCAACCACCCCUACCUCUUUCCAGGAGCUGCCAUGGAGGCCCCUAAGCUGCCCAACGGCAUGUACGAGGGCGCAGCUCUGACCAAAUCCUCAGGGAAACUGAUGCUUCUCCAGAAGAUGAUGAAGAAGCUGAAAGAAGGGGGACACAGAGUUCUCGUCUUCUCUCAGAUGACCAAGAUGCUCGACCUCCUGGAGGACUUCCUUGAAAACGAAGGAUACAAAUACGAGAGAAUUGACGGAGGAGUGACUGGAAACUUGAGACAGGAGGCUAUCGAUCGCUUCAAUGCUCCUGGAGCUCCGCAGUUUGCUUUCCUCCUCUCGACUAGAGCUGGUGGAUUAGGAAUCAACCUGGCUUCUGCUGACACUGUGAUCAUCUACGACUCAGACUGGAACCCUCACAAUGACAUCCAGGCUUUCAGUCGAGCUCACCGUAUCGGCCAGAACAGGAAGGUGAUGAUCUAUCGGUUUGUGACGAAAGCCUCAGUGGAGGAGAGGAUCACGCAGGUGGCCAAGAAGAAGAUGAUGCUCACUCACCUGGUGGUGCGACCCGGUCUGGGCUCCAAAACAGGCUCGAUGUCCAAGCAGGAGCUCGACGACAUCCUUAAAUUUGGAACAGAAGAGCUUUUUAAAGACGAAGCCGGAGAAGGUUGGUGGAACUCUGUCUUGGAAGCAGUCACUUUUACUCAUCGUAUUUGGUCCACAGGGGACAACAAGGAGGACGACAGCAGCGUGAUCCACUACGACGAUCACGCUAUUGACCGGCUGCUGGACCGGAACCAGGACGCCACCGAGGACACCGAACUGCAGAGCAUGAACGAAUACCUGAGCUCCUUUAAGGUGGCCCAGUAUGUGGUCAAGGAUGAGGACGAUGAGGAGGAGGAGGUUGAGAGGGAAGUGAUCAAGCAGGAGGAAAGCGUGGAUCCGGACUACUGGGAAAAACUACUUAGGCAUCACUACGAGCAGCAGCAGGAAGAUCUCGCCCGCAAUUUGGGCAAAGGCAAAAGAACGCGUAAGCCGGUCAACUACAACGACGGUUCGCAGGAGGACCGAGGUAUAAGACAGGACUGGCAGGAGGAUCAGUCGGACAACCAAUCGGAUUACUCGGUGGCCUCGGAGGAGGGAGAUGAAGACUUUGAUGAACGGUCCGAAGCGAACGCCCGGCGACCAAACCGCAAAGGUCUGCGGAACGACCGCGACAAGCCGCUGCCGCCAUUGUUGGCCAGGGUGGGCGGCAACAUCGAGGUUUUGGGCUUCAAUGCCCGGCAAAGGAAGGCUUUCCUGAACGCUGUGAUGCGCUAUGGGAUGCCGCCUCAAGACGCUUUCACCAACCAGUGGCUGGUCCGGGACCUGCGGGGGAAGUCGGAGAAGGAAUUCAAGGCCUACGUGUCCUUGUUCAUGCGGCACCUCUGUGAGCCCGGAGCAGAUGGAGCUGAGACCUUCGCGGAUGGCGUCCCUCGGGAGGGUCUGUCCCGUCAGCAUGUGCUCACACGCAUAGGUGUGAUGUCACUCAUCAGGAAGAAGGUCCAAGAGUUCGAGCAUGUCAACGGCCAGUGGUCGAUGCCUUGGAUGGCAGAACUGGAGGAGAACAAAAGAGCCGCUGCUCUGGCUGCGGGGGAAGAUCCCAAGACUCCUUCUUCUGGGACGCCUGCUGACACGCAACCCAACACGCCUAUCCCAGAGGACCUAUCGAAAUCAGACGAGAAAGACGAGGUUAAGAAGGAUGGAGAGAACGGCAAAAUGGCCAAGAAGGCUGACGAUUCUGAGGUUAUUGAAAUCCCAGAUGAGUCGGAAAAGUCUCCUCUGCAGGAGAAGAAGGAAGGAGAUCUGGCGCCCGCACUGAAGGAUGAGAAGGACGGUGCAGAAGAAGUGAUUGAGAAGGAGGAUGCGAACAAGGAGAAGGAAGAGCUGGACAAGACUGAUACAACAGAGAAGGACUCGACCUCUGAGGUGACAGGUGAAGGAGCCGAGGGGAAGACUGAUGCAGAGAAGUCCAAAGCAGAGGACGCGAAGGAAGAGAAGAUGGACACAAGUUCUCCAGCCGAGAAAGACCCAAAAGACGAGAAAGAUGGAGUCAAGCCUGACGAGCCCGGGAAACUGCAGAACGGUGAAAACGGCAAAGACGGCGCGUCCACUGUGUCGGCCAUCAACAUCAGCGAGGAGAAGAAGAAGGCAACAAAGCAGAGGUUCAUGUUCAACAUCGCCGACGGAGGAUUCACAGAGCUUCACUCUCUCUGGCAAAAUGAAGAAAGAGCAGCCACCGUCACCAAGAAGACGUUUGAGAUCUGGCACCGUCGUCAUGACUAUUGGCUGCUGGCUGGAAUCAUUCAUCACGGCUACGCUCGGUGGCAGGAUGUGCAGAACGACGUGCGGUUCGCCAUCCUCAACGAGCCCUUCAAAGGAGAGAUGAGCCGAGGAAACUUCCUGGAGAUCAAGAACAAGUUCCUGGCUCGUCGAUUCAAGUUACUGGAGCAGGCUCUGGUCAUCGAGGAGCAGCUGCGGCGAGCGGCGUACCUCAACAUGACGGAGGACCCGGCGCACCCAUCCAUGGCUCUGAACACUCGCUUCAGUGAGGUGGAGUGUCUGGCCGAGUCCCACCAGCACCUCAGCAAGGAGUCCAUGUCAGGGAAUAAACCUGCCAACGCAGUCCUGCACAAAGUUCUCAAACAGCUGGAGGAACUUCUGAGCGACAUGAAGGCCGACGUCACCCGUCUCCCGGCCACCAUCGCCAGGAUCCCGCCCGUCGCCGUGCGACUACAGAUGUCAGAGAGGAACAUUCUCAGCCGACUGGCCAGCCGGGGGCCCGACGUCACGUCUCAGAACCAGAGCUCGCAGCAGAUGCAGGUGCCGCGCUGACCGCACGCACACUCACUGACCACUGGUGUAGCAAGCCACCUCCCACUUUACACUCUGUACAUCCCGGUCGGGCUGUGAACCCACGAACCUUGUCCGGACUCGGUAGAGCAGCAGCUUUGACUCGAGAGGCGGCAGACGUAGGAGCCCAGCGAUGACUAGAACCCACUUCUCCUUGAACUCCUCCAACAUGGUCCACGUGAGCGAACUGCAGGCAGCUUCACUGAUCCGUCCAGUUCCGUCGUCGCGGCAGUGUUUAUUGUGUAGAAGGAUGAAGACCAGUCGUCCCACUUGUUCUAGUCUUUUAUGUUUGUUCAGGAUUUCAGGUUUUAUCGUGCUAACUUGACACCUAGAUGACUUCAUGUCCUGCUCAUCCUUUUUAGAAGUGUGAGAGCGUCUCUUGUACAAAUGGGCACAUGGUUUGGGAAAAGACCCCAAAACUGAGAGACUGUACAUUUUACCUUGUCCCGGAUCGUCUCGGCUCCAAACACAAACCUGGAUCAUCAGGACUGGGAACACUCCCAACAAGGACUUCAACAUUCCUGAUUCCCUCGUUUGCCAAAAAAGGACGGAGCCACGAAAUCAUGGAGUUUUACAGAAAGAUCUUAAAUUAAUUUAAUUUUCUUACCAUCUGUUGACUGUUGUUACCACCUUUUGUUUUUAUCAACUGUAAUAAAAGGUUGACUGUU